CGUCUCUUGAUGCCCAGCUCUCCUCCCGAUCAUCGGAACGUUGCUGAAAUUGAAAUUGAAAUAGAAAAGCCGUAAUAGUAGUCCAUGAAGCAAAGCGUCGAUGAUGAACAAGCCGACAAUUCUUCAGCAAUUCCACUUUCCGACAAGCAGAUGAAACGGAUUGCUUCGCGCAAUCGCAAGAAAGAACUGCGGAAAGUGAAUAAACUCAAAAAGAAGCUGGCGAGACACGCCAAAGCAAUAGCUGAGGGAAGGAACUUAGAGGAAGAACGAUGUCAGCAAGCAUUGCGAACGUUGAGUGGUGACGGGAAGAGAAGACGGGAACAAGAAUGGUUAGCAAAAGAGUCCCAGGCGAGGUCGUCGUUUGAAGUUUGCAUCGAUUGUGAUUUUGAAGCAGACAUGUGUUCAAAAGAAAUCAACAGCUUGGCAACCCAAAUCCGCUACUGCUACUCGAUAAACAAACGAACACAGCAUCCCUCGUACGUUGCUGUCACAAGUUUGGGUGGUGUGACAUUAAGCAACCUUUCCAAUGUGACUGGUUUCAGCGAAUGGAAAAGUAGAGGGUUCUAUACAAUUGGGAAGCCGCUGGCAGAGCACUUCGAAGGCAAAUUAGAGAGGCUAGUCUAUCUCACAAGCGACUCAGACAAUUCUCUCGAAGACUUGGAUGACGACAGCAUCUACGUAAUCGGUGGAAUCGUGGACCGCAAUCGGUUGAAAUAUGCAACGCUGCAUCGUGCCGAAAAAAAGAAUGAGAACAGCCAAACUACCCUUAGACGAUCACUGCAAGUCAAUACAAGGCACUCGAAUAUUGACCGUCAACCACGUUUUCGACAUCUUGAUCAAAUAUCGUGA